AUGAAUAUGACAAAUUCCAAUGAAGUGGGAAACAAAGUAGCUUUAGAAGGCAUAUCUGGAGGUUAUGAUGAUGACGCUAGUGAAAUUGAGGAUGUAUCGAACAAUAAAUCCAUGUAUAUCUACACUUUGAGGUUCAGUUUGGGUGCAUUUAAGUCCCUAGCUUUGGUCGCCUUUCUCCUUGCUAUGUCGAGUAUUGUGUCGGAGUGGAGGGUUGCACGAAAGGACUUGGGUAUUGAUCUUGGUGGUAUAGGGUUGGGGAUUGGAGCAGGUGUAGGACUUGGUCUCGGAGGUGGUGGCUCAGGGUCCAGAGCUGGGGCCGGUUCCGGUUCUAGCUCGAGUUCAAGUUCUUCCUCUUUGUCCUAUUCAAACUUGGGUUCAGGGUCGGAUGCAGGCUCUGAAGCAGUUUCGUAUGCGGGAUCUCAUUCGGGGUCUCGAGCAGGGUCAAGGUCAAGGGGGUGCCAUGGUGGUUUGGGUUCGGGCUCUGGUUCAGGAUAUGGUGGAGGAUAUGGGGAGGGGUCAGGCAAUGGCGAAGGUUACGGCGAGGGACAUGACUAUGGAGAGGGUCACGACAGUGGCGGCCGCGGUGGCGACAACUAA